AUGUCAGAAUUAUAUGACACCGUUUGUCGUAAUCCUAUCAAGCUGUUGUCCGAAGUACCGGAACCGAACUCCGCACCGCCGGUUCUGACACCGGUGUCCUUUGCGGACAAGCACCGGGUACGAGUGACACCGCCAGGGAUGAAACCCGAUAGCGGAGUCAGAGAAACGUUGGAGGAUCGUGAUCCUAACAAGCUGAACCAACAUGUGCAAAUUGUAUGGGACGACAUAGUAGGAGAGCCAGAGGGCGCCAGAAGUCCAGAAUGUGCGUGGCGUCUCAGCAACAUCUGUUUCAAGCACGCUAGGAACUGGUGCUACACUUUGCUAGCAGUCAUUGCGGCUCCGCCAUGCGCUUUGCUGCUCGGCUGUGGCUUUGCUUGUCUAGCAUUUGAGCAAAUCUGGUGCACAACUCCAUGUCUGAGAUGCUUAAAGAUCUACUGGGCAUCUUUACGGACGUUAGUACAAUCCUGCAUGGCUGCGACUGUAGCGCCAGCUAUGGAGGCAGUUGGCUAUCUUUGCCGCCAAAUUCGUAUCAACGUACGACGAGACGCACCUGAAGAUCGAGAUUUGCUAAUCAUUUAA